AUGAUUUUCAUAUGCGAAGAGCUCAGAGAUUUGCAUACAGCUGGCGGUGAUGUUGUCGCCAUGGAGCGAAGAGUCAGCCUCAAGGAGCUCAUUCACAGUGCGGGUGUCACCCCAGUCGAUCAACGUCAAGCCGUUCUCCCCGCGCCUACGCAACCUGUCAUUGUUGCCAGUGAAGACGACCACGCCCAGGCCCGUAGCAUCUUACUGGAGCGAAGAGCCAAGAACCCCGAAAGCAAGAAUGUGUUGAAGAGUAUCUUCAAGAGCUCAAAAGAGAAGGAGAAGGGGCAAGAUUCUGGACAGUUUUCGCAGGAUGAACUCGACCAGGCCUUGUCCGCAGUUAUUCGCAGUCCAACUACUGGCCCUGGCCUAAUUCAGGCCUUUCUCGGUCUCGGUGCCAAAGUGAAUGUCAUCGAAACCCCUGAGAAGAAGAGGAAGUCGGGAGUUCAGGCUAAUACCGCAUUGCGGCGUCGAAGCACUGUCCUGCAGCAAGCAGCGAGUUUGAGAAAAGCGGAUGGUGUCAGUGUGCUGGCCAGCUCUGGCGCCGACCAGCAGACUUUGGAUGAGGGUCUGAAGGCUGCCCUCACUGCGAACGACCAAGCAUGCAUUCAGGAACUCCUCCGGUUCGGGGCAGAUCCAAAUAACUUCCCAAAUUCCUUGGCCAGUGCCGUCAGAUCGAAUGACAUGAACUUUGUUCGGCUGCUGUUGCGAGCACCAAAGUCUCUUCGGCCCGAUAUCAUAUCCUCUGCCUUACCCGCGGCAGUCCAACAGGCAUCCGAUGCCAUCGUUUCGCUAUUGGUAGCACAUGGUGCGGAUCCGAACUUCGACUCAGCAAGCGCUCUUAACAUGGCCAUUGGAAGGCAAGAGUACAAACUUGCAGUCGCCAUGGUUGCAGGUCCAAUUACCCUCACUGAGGCGACAUUGGAGCGCUUACUGGACACCACAAUGAGACUGCCCACACGUCAGGCAACACUUCAAUUCUUGCAGCUUCUAUUCUGCUGUGGACUGCGUCCUGACAGUCGUGGCCUUCCCGACUUUCUCAUCUGCGUUGCUGGGAACAACAACACAGCUGGUGCUAAGAUGAUGAUUAGCUACGGCGUGUCUACUGCAACAAACGAUGCGGAAUGUCUGAGAGAGGCUUUGGCGAACAAGAACUGGCCGUUGGUUGAUGCUAUCUUGGAGACGCCGGUGGCUCCACAGCAUGCAGCAGCCGCGCUAGCUGUUUUGCCAUUCAAUGCUCCACAGCCAGAUAGACUUCGCGUCGUCGGCGCUCUGCUACAGAAGGGUGCAACGGGGCCGCCGCUGAGCCGAUUGCUAACCCAAGCUACUAAGGAGAGAGAUACGGCAAUGCUAGAUCUUCUUCUGGGCGCGGGCACACCUGUCGAUUCGAGCGACAGAGGUGCCCUUUAUGCAGCUGUAGUGAACAGGGAUAUGCAAAGUCUCCGAGCACUGCUGAACACACGUCCCGCACCAGAAGGCCUAGCGAAGCUUUUUCCACUUCUUCGUAAAGACUAUUCGCCAUCUGAGCGACGUGAGGCUUCACGACUUCUCCUCGAGCAUGGAGCCCGUGGUCCUGGUGUUGACCAAGCUCUUAUCGAUGCUGUUGAGGAUGUGUCAUCUACGCGAGAUGGAGCUUUGAUAACAGACUUGGUCAGGAAAGGAGCAGACGUGAAUUAUCAGAUCGGGAGAGUGUUAUCGUUGGCAGCCACGCAAGUCGACAUGUCCCUUUUGCGUUUACUUUGCAACGCGAGACCCAACCCCUCUUCUACUUCGGCAGCUCUACCUCUAGCAUUUGACUCACAAGGUGGCAGACACUCGAAAACACUUGAGAUCAUCGACUUGCUGCUUAGCUACGGGGUCGAAGAAGACUCUGCUAGCAAAGCCUUGGAGAUCGCUAUCAACGGGGGCCCGGAUAACUGCGAUAUCAUUCAACGCCUUCUCACUGCUUGUCCCAGACUGCUGAGUACUGCCUUUAAACACACUACGACGCUUUCGGACCCACAAAAGAAAGCACCGAUUCUCGAUGCCUUACUUAAACUUGGAAUUCCCCAAGAGUCUUUGGACCAAGCCCUUGCUGACGAAACACGACACGCGGUCUCUACCAACGAUACGACGAGUACUAAGCUGUUGUUGCGACGAGGAGCUUCUGUGAGUCACAACGAUGGCGAGGCGUUGAGCGUUGCAGUAGCUUCAGGAAACAGCACGCUAACAGCAAUGUUACUCAGUGGGAAGCACCAAGCAUCGCGAUCUAGCAUCACGAGAGCGUUCCGCACGCUUUUUACGGAUGAGACUCUGGGCAUGAACGAAAACAUGGGAAACGUUCAUAAUCUCGCUCAAGAGCUGCUGGCUCGUGGCGUUGAGCAGCUUGCGAUCGAUGCUGCGUUACGAGUGGUUCUCUGCCACGACCAUGAUGUGAAUGACACGGAGAAGCUGGUCGAUCUUUUACUUCGAUUUAACGCCGAUGUCAACACAGUGGAUGGGGCUUGUUUCGUUUUCGCAGCACAAAAGCACAGUCACACCAUCUUCAAGAGGCUCAUGCUUCACAAUCCCAAGUUCAGCACUGUCGUUCCCGCUUUGCUCAGAUCUAAGCUUCAAGAAGAAGUAGUCGUUGCCGCUAUACAAUCAUGCUUCGACCAUGGAUGCACGUCUGACCAAUUUGGCGUCGGGUAUACCAAGGCACCGAUUCUCAUCACCGCCAUGGCCGUGUAUCCACGGAAUACCGACCUCAUCAAGCUACUUCUCAACAAUGGGCUAGACCCGGAUGUAUCGACAACUACGGUACUCUAUCCAUCGAAGGGCCCUGAGGCCAUCCCCGCACUUUUGUGGGCACUAGCCCAGCCCCAAAAGCGCAUCUCGGACGCCGUUAUCACCGCGCUCCUCGAUGCCGGUGCAUGCGUAACCCGCGUCUCCACAGCUUCGCAAAUGACGGCACUUAUGCUCGCCGCGCGCGAGGGCCGUCGUGAUCUAGUGUCAGCACUACUGGAGCGGGGUUCGGAUGCGGAUGCCCGAGAUGAGUGGAAUAAAUCCGCUUUAUUCUACGCUAGUGGUAGCGCAUCUGGGGAAACCAUGGUGAAAGCGUUGGCCCCACGUGCGCUAAAGAAUGAUGGAAGUUUGCACGAGGCGGCAAGAGAACUGAAUGUCGAGACUGUAAAGGCCUUGAUCAAUCAUGGUCAUGAUCCGAACUACCCGUCUCGCCUGCAUGGCGGUAGAAAUGCCCUAGGAGAGCUAUGCCUUAAUGCAAUCGUCACGGCACCGAUUGCGCGCACCAAGCUGCGCCAACUCCUAUAUCUACUCCUUGCCAAUGGCGCAAAACCCAAGUUCCGUGCUCGGAACGAAAAAUCGGCCGUCAUUCUUGCCCUGGACAACACAUAUAGCGCAUUACCUAUUACAGAGGCCCUUCUUGAGACGGAAGUAUGGCAAGAACUCAAUGACGAGGCACACAUCUACUGCGAUGCAGCCUCAGGCCUGCACUAUUCACCUUAUUCAUAUGUUGAUUUGAUUGCCACUCCUGCUCGAGUACCCGUCAAAUCCGCAUUGCUCGAACUCUUGCGCGACAAGGCAUGUCUUCCAGUAUACUAUUCGCAAUCGCCGCUUCAACCCGUUGGCGCUGUCGGAAUCCCUGCCCGCAUAGCCAAACUGGUCGACCAGCAAAAACACCACGAACUCACCAUUCGGCACGAAAAGGAAAGGUUCGAACAGUCGCGUACCAUGGAAGAAACAAACCACAAAGAUGUUCUACGCCGCAAGCGUGAGUCACUGGAGACGGACCUCGCACUCCAGACGCAAGCGACAAAGCACUACACUGCGCUCGAGCAGCAGAAACAUGAGUUUGAAGUCCACCGUAUGAUGGAGGCGGAGCGUAUGAAGCGCAGUGAAAAGAAGGCUUGGCACGAUCUUAUCAUGCAGCAGGAGCAGGAUGCUGCGGCACGUAGACAGAGUGUGGAAGAUCGCAAGUUGAGUGCUACGAUGGCAGCUGAGAAACAUUUGAUUGAGCAGAGGAAGGAAGAGAUGGAGCACAGGGCUAAUGUAGAGAGGAAGUUGCUCAAGGAGAAGGAGGAGCAUUAUGAGAGGAAUGUGAAGAGGCAGAAGGAGGUUAGGCAGAUUGAAGGGGGGGUACCGCAGUGGGGGACAGUGGAUUAGGUGAAGAUAGCGGGGCAUGUUAGUGACGGUUAGUUUGUUUCUCAUGAUGCCGAUUAGCGAAUGAUUUAGAGGUUAUGUGGUAUUAUGGUGUUAUGGUUGAUGGAGUUGGAUCGGCGUUGUUGGAAAAUCACAGGAUGUCACGAUGUCACGGCCUAUACAUCAAAUUCGUAUCGUAAAAAGAUCAUUCAAUAUAUAACGUUCAAGAA